AUGGUGGUAGUGAGGAGGAGAAACCAGGAGGCCAGUGAGGAAAUUACUGCAGUUAUUCCCAACAGAGUCGCACUCUGCGCGCAGCCAGCGCUGGGUUCCCUCUACGCCAAGGAGCUGGCGACUCAGGGGGAAUCGCAGAGUCCAGAAAAUCUCUCCAGCACCUUUCUGCCAACUGAAGAAGUAUAUAAGAUAAACUUUAUAUUUCCAAAUGGAGACAAGUAUGAUGGUGAUUGUACAAGAACACAUUUUGGAAUCGUCGAGAGAAAUGGAAUAGGUAUUCAUACCACUCCUAAUGGGAUUGUAUACACAGGAAGCUGGAAAGAUGACAAGAUGAAUGGUUUUGGAAGACUUGAACAUUUUUCAGGAGCAGUAUAUGAAGGAUACUUUAAGGACAAUAUGUUUCAUGGACUGGGGACUUACACAUUCCCAUCUGGGGCAAAGUACACUGGAAAUUUCAAUGAAAAUAGGGUAGAAGGUGAAGGACAAUAUACUGAUAUCCAAGGACUAGAAUGGUGUGGUACCUUUCAUUUCACAGCCGCUCCAGGCCUGAGACUAAAGCUCCACAUGUAGAUUUUCUGCAUUAAAGUUUAAUGUGGUAAUUGAAGAUUUAGUUGUAAGGAAACCAAAUCUGUGGAAUGAAAUAACUUCAUACACUAUCUCUAUAUUAUAAUAUUGCCAAUAAAGUCAUCAUUCACUUAU